GUUCCCGUGGCACGUUGCUGGGCAAGUCACUGGGAUGCUGUCUGCGGCAUUAGCACGUGGGACUGGCUGUGUAGGGAUGUCGUUCCCCCUUGCAGCUGUGGGUAGAAGUGUGGCUGUUGGCUCUUGCGUAAAGAAGUCAUUCAUAUAGCUGUGGAAGGCUUUAUCAGCUCUUGCAGAGACUUUCCCCUUCCACACCACUCAAGGCUGGAGCUGUAGUGGAGGAAAAUGGAGCCUGUAGAUCUCCUGGCAUUUGUCUCUGUAGAAAUGAACAGUACAACUCUCACCCUGGCUUUGCUGACAGUCUUCGUGGUCCUGCUGUAUUGGUACUCCACAUCUGCAUUCUCCAAACUAAGCAAAGUAGGGAUUCGACAUCCUCCAACUCUUCCUUUCAUUGGUAACCUGCUCUUUUUCCGUGAGGGCUUUUGGGAAAACCACACAAAACUCAUAACAGAGUAUGGACCUGUUUGUGGGUAUUAUAUUGGUCGCCAGAUGUUUGUGGUGGUGUCCACACCAGAGAUGAUCAAGCAAAUCCUAGUGACAGACUUCAGUAACUUCACCAACAGAACUAAGCCAAAUUUGAUUUCCAAGCCAAUGCUUGACAGCAUCCUUUGUCUUCGUGAUGACAGAUGGAAGUAUGUGCGGAGCCUCCUGACCCCGGCCUUCAGCGAUACCAAACUGAAAGAGAUGACACCACUAAUAAACCAGGCCUGUGACGUCCUGCUGUGUAACUUGAAAGCCUAUGCAGAUUCUGGCAAAGCUUUUGAUAUCCAGAGGUGUUACAACUGCUUUACCUUGGAUGUUGUUGGUAGCGUAGCUUUUGGUACUGAGGUGGAUUCUCAGAAGAAUCCUGAUGACCCCUUUGUUAAGAAUUGCAGAACAUUCUUUGAAACGUCUUUGUUUAAGCCUCUCCUUAUUCUAACCCUUUCUUUCCCAUUUAUAAUGAUCCCAUUGCUCCGGAUUUUGCCAAACAGGAAACAAAAGGAACUGAAUGGAUUUUUUAUUCAAACCAUAAAAAAUGCAAUUGUCUUCAGAAACCAGCAAGAUGCAGCUGAGAGGCGCAGAGAUUUUCUCCAGUGGAUGCUCGACUCCUGUGACUCAGCUGACUCCCCAGCAGCUGGGUGUUUUGAUGUGAUCAGUCCAUCUGCUGCUUCCAGACAGAACAAGGUGCCUCUUGCUGGCAGGGCCCCAUCUGAAAAGGUUCAGAAGACACUAACAGAGGAUGAGAUAGCAGGCCAGGCUUUCCUGUUCCUGAUUGCUGGGUAUGAGACCACUACUAGCACGCUGUCCUUUGCUACGUACUUGCUAGCCACCAACCCAGAGUGCCAGGAGAAGGUUCUUCGGGAGGUUGAUGAGUUCUCAGCAAAACAUGUGCUUCCUGAUUACAACAAUGUACAAGAACUCCCUUAUCUGGACAUGGUGAUUGCAGAGACACUGCGCAUGUACCCACCUGCAUUCAGGUUUACUCGGGAAGCAGCUAAAGACUGUGUAGUGCUGGGGCAGCGUAUUCCAGCUGGGGCUGUCAUUGAAACUGCAGUUGGACAUCUCCACCACAACCCUGAGUUCUGGCCAGAGCCUGAGAAGUUCAUCCCUGAGAGGUUUACAGAGGAGGCUAAGAAGGAACGUCAUCCCUUUGCAUACCUACCCUUUGGAGGAGGACCCCGUGGCUGCAUUGGCAUGAAAAUGGGAUUGCUGGAGACAAAAAUCACUCUGCUGAGGAUUUUGCAGAAGUUUCAAUUUAAGACCUGCCCAGAGACUGAGAUUCCUUUGCAGCUGAAAUCAAAAGCUACACUUGGACCGAAAAAUGGAGUCUACAUCAUGUUAGAAUCUCGCUAAGAGAAAAUGUAUAUCCCGAAGCCUUCUGGGAUGGAACUCCUUGUUCAGUGAUUCUCUGGGUAUAAUUAUUUCUCUAAACCCCAAAGACAGGUAGGAGCCUAAGUCCCACUGAUGGUCAGUAAAGUGGGGCCUCACUGCAGUCCUGUGGGAGAGCCACCCAAUCCUUUUUUAGGUGAGACAAGGGCUCCACAGUCUUUCUGGUGGUUUUCAAGUCACUGUGAAUAGUACCUGUAAAGAAGCAUCCCACUUUCAAUUGCUUUUCUACAUCACACUUCCUUUUACUCAUUUGUAAGAAUGCUUUCUUCAUGCUCAACUUCAAUAAAUGGAGCAGGUAUCAAAUGUA